CAGUCCCCCUGUCUCAGCCUCCCGAAGUGCUGAUUUUACCGGUGUGAGCCACAGUACCCAGCCCUCCAAAAUAAUACCUCUUUAUUAAAGAUCUUUGAUGACACAGAACCCUCUUUCCCCAACCUCAGCAGCAAACAGCUUUUUCAUCACGUGUGACCACCAUGGUUGAGAAAAGGGGCGGUGACCAUGAACAGUCGGUGGGGAAGGGAGCAGGAUGGGAAAAGUCGUGUUUUGACGGCGUGCUGUGACUGCGCUGGCUUCCGCAAGCAGGUAAUUUCCUGUAAAACCAUAUUACUUGGAACAUGUAAAAAUGAUGGACAAAGUUCGAAGGCAGAAUUGUACUUUCCAAUAGUUGUCGGAUAUAUAUAGAUUGCUACUAGAUAAGAGGCUUGAAGUUUUUAUGCUUUCCUUGCUAAUCGUUUUAUUGUUAGGCAGUACGUCCCUGACAUUGAAAGCCCUUGUACACCGCUGAUUCAUCACAAAUUCUUCUGGUUGGAAUUCAGGAGGCCCCCGUUUCCCUGAUGGGCAAGGUGUUGUGUCCCUUGUGUCUGAUGAGCCAUGACAUGGCUACGUGAACAGUACCACAGCCAGACCUGACUGGCUUUUGGCCACAGCUGCAGGGAGGACGCAGGGGCCUCAGGACUGCUUGUGGUUCCAAGUGGUGAAGCCCUGUCACUGGUAAAGUCUCCUGGAACCAGCAGGAGGAAACAUGGGGGAGACCGGCCUGAGAAAGCGGAGAGAGGAUGAGAAGUCGAUCCAGAGCCAAGAGCCCAAGACCACCAGUCUCCAAAAGGAGCUGGGCCUCAUCAGUGGCAUCUCCAUCAUCGUGGGCACCAUCAUCGGCUCCGGGAUCUUCAUCUCCCCUAAGUCUGUGCUCAGCAACACAGAAGCCGUGGGGCCCUGCCUCAUCAUAUGGGCGGCUUGCGGGGUCCUCUCGACGCUGGGUGCCCUGUGCUAUGCAGAGCUUGGCACGAUGAUCACCAAGUCUGGGGGUGAGUACCCCUACCUGAUGGAGGCCUACGGGCCCAUCCCCGCCUACCUCUUCUCCUGGGCCAGCCUUUUCGUCAUGAAGCCCUCGUCCUUCGCCAUUAUCUGCCUCAGCUUCUCCGAGUAUGUGUGCUCACCCUUCUACCCAGGCUGCAAGCCUCCUGAAAUUGUUGUGAAAUGCCUGGCUGCCGCCGCCAUCUUAUUCAUCGCGACGGUGAACUCACUGAGCGUGCGGCUGGGAAGCUAUGUCCAGAACAUCUUCACCACGGCCAAGCUGGUGAUCGUGGCCAUCAUCGUCAUCACUGGGCUCGUGCUCCUGGCCCAAGGAAACACAAAGAAUUUUGAGAAUUCUUUCGAGGGCACCCAGUUGUCUGUGGGAGCCAUCAGUCUGGCGUUUUACAAUGGACUCUGGGCCUACGAUGGAUGGAAUCAACUGAAUUACAUCACAGAAGAACUGCAAAACCCUUACAGAAACCUGCCCUUGGCCAUUGUCAUCGGGAUCCCCCUGGUGAUGGCAUGCUACAUCCUCAUGAACGUGUCCUACUUCACCGUGAUGACCACCACCGAGCUCCUGCAGUCCCCAGCCGUGGCUGUGACAUUUGGUGACCGUGUUCUCUAUCCAGCUUCUUGGGUCGUUCCACUUUUUGUGGCAUUUUCAACCAUCGGUGCUGCUAAUGGGACCUGCUUAACAUCGAGCAGACUCAUUUACGUGGCGGGCCGGGAGGGCCACAUGCUCAAAGUGCUUUCUUACAUCAGCGUCAAGCGCCUCACUCCAGCCCCUGCCAUCAUCUUUUAUGGUGUCAUAGCAACUAUUUAUAUCAUCCCUGGUGACAUAAACUCGUUAGUCAAUUAUUUCAGCUUUGCUUCGUGGCUCUUUUAUGGCUUGACGUUUCUGGGACUCAUUGUGAUGAGAUUUACAAAGAAGGACCUGGAAAGGCCUAUCAAGGUAAGCUUGGAUUCCCAGAAGUCACAAGUGGCUUUGGGUUUUUUGUAAUGAAUGAGAUAGAGG